CUGGAGCAGCAGCUGCAGCAUCUGCUCCUGGGCUGUCCCUCAGCAGCCACCUUCUGCACUCAGCACCACAGCUGGCCUCUGCAGCGACAUCCUCAUCUCCUCGUCUGCCGCCAGGCAUCCCCACAGUACUUUGGCACUGUGCAAGGUGGAAAGGAGAGGCGCAAUGAAAAGGAAAGCAAGAGCCCACACUGAGCCACACAUCAAUGUUGGCAGUGACUUUCAGGCCGAGCUCCCUGAGGUGCAGACCGGGCCGCCAAGUGAGGAUGAAGAGCCUGCAACCCUGGUCUGGAAGCCCUUGGAGGAAGACAACUGUGACCUGGAAAAACCGGACAGAGUCAGAGAACUGUUGGACAUGGCCAGCUCCCGUGGCCUUCCCGGGGCAGCAGCUCAGCUGGAGCUCGCCCUGCACUGCCUGAGGCUCUGGAGAUGUUGCUCUCGGGGGGGCCUCCAACAGCUCAAGGCCAUCCCUUGGCUGAUUAUCAUUACGCAGCCAGUGGGAUCUGCUUCAAGUGGCUAG